AUUUCCGGUCUUCUGUGACUUUCCGUGAAAACCACCGGUAUGCGGUGUAUGCAGCCUUGGAAAUUAGAGGUUAACCAGUAAUAGAGGAUGCAUCCAGAUCUGUCUCCUCACUUGCAUACGGAAGAAUGCAAUGUUAUAAUUGCUCGCUUAAAAAACUGUCAUUUGGAGCACAAUUUUCUGAGAUUUUUUGGAAAGUGUAAUGACAUUGACCGGGAAAUGCGACACUGCUUGAGGAAUGAGUAUGAGGAAAAAAGGACCAAAAACCGAGCCCUUGCUGAAAAGAUGAAACAGAAAAUAAACAGCUCUGACUGAAAUGGCGGCUUUGUGGGGGGUGCAGCCAGAGCAGGAUGUGUACAUCGUGAGGUGAGGACUACAGAAAUGUGGCCAUUUUCUCAACAAACAUUUGGGAAUUACGUAGCUCAUGUGGAUUUUUAUUUGCUUUUACACUGUUGAGCCAUCCCCGUAAAAGCUUGCAAAUUAGUUUUGCUUUAAUUCUACUCUGUACUAAUUAAAGACUUAUUGUAGGUCAACACAUAAACCUUAGCAGUGCUCAGUUGAGCAUUUCUUAAAACCUUUGGUAAAAGCGAACAUUUGCUUUCAUCACCAGAAUAUUUUGUCAUCAUUUUUGUAAUUCUUACAAAAAGGACUCAAAAGUCACGCUAACCCUGCUGCUGGUCCUCGUCUCAGACAGUUUAUUUAAAACAGAUGUAUGGUUGCCUCUGAAUAAACUGUUUCAAUAUUA